CCUCUGACGAAAAACACCAAAAUAAUUUUGAGAAAUCAUCAACAUACUGAGAAGAAAGCUUGAUAAUCUUGUGUGCAAAUUCUCUGAAGAGACUGUAAAUUUCUCUAUUUUGAUCUUCUUCAAAUUCUGUUGGGACACAAAGACAUGGCUAUGCUUCAGGAUCAGAAUAUCAAUAUACAUUUUGAUGGUGCUUCUUUGUUUGGAAAGAAUGAUACUUCCAAAGCCCUGAAGAAAGGAGGAGGACUUGGUGGAAGAAAAGCACUUAAUGACAUCUCUAACUCAGCAAAGCCUUCUUCUCUGCAGGCAUCAAAGAAAAACUCUGCGAGUGUUAUUUCCAUCGGGAAAGAACUUAAUGCCACCAAAAACAAAUUUAUUGCUGGGACAAAAGAUAACCUUGCUAAAGUACCUGACAAGGGUGGUAGGAAAGCUCUCACUGAUCUUACAAACUCGAGCAAGCCAUCAGCAAAGCAGGGGUCCAAGAAGGGACUUGAUAAGAAAUUGAGUGCUGCUGCAGCAGCAAAUAUUCCAACUUCUAUAGCUGAAGAACAAUUUCUGCAUGAUCAUAAGAAGUGCAUCAAAGCACAGAGGAAGGUGAUCGACAUGGACUUUUUUCUGAAGGAAGUUGGACUAGAGAAUGAUAUCCCUGUGCAGCAACUAGCAUCUCCACGCGUGUCUAAACUCUCAAUGAAGUCAAUGUCUUUGACGUACCAGCUAGAGACCCCUGUGAAGAAGCACUUUGAGGUAGAGGAGAUGCCAGAACUGCUGAUGUGUGAUCAGGUUCCUAAAUGUGAAAAAAAGGGAACUUCUGGAGACUCUUCACCUUCUCUGGGAUCUCCAAUAUCACCAAAGCUAUCAUAUAUGAGCUGGAAAGAUGUCAGCGAUCCAUGUUUCACCUUGACUGGAACACCCGAUCGACAAAAGUAUUGAUGAUGUAUUCUUUGAGAUGCAUGAUCCCCAAGCACCCUAAUUCAUUUCUGGUGGUCAUCAAUUAGUUGGCUAAAUGACUGUUGAACUUGCUUAGUUCUUUCUGGCUUUGCGGCAAAAAGGCAGACUAGCUCCUUCCGUCUCACAUGAUUUUACAUUUUCGUCAUAUUAACUGAUGUUUUGGAUUCUGUUCCUCCUAUUGUAAAACUUAAUUUCCUGUUUCAGAUGUUUAUGAAUUGCUGGAGUAGUCAUUUACACCUUCUCUUGUUUUGACUUUUUUGCCUUUGUUUCUUUAUUACUACUAUGC